AGUUUUGUACAUUAUAUUCAUGUCAUGACGCAAACUUGACAGACAAACAAAAAUCACAUCUAUGAAGAUAGAAGGAGUUCCUGCUGAUGGUGAAUCUUUUCAAUCGAGAUUUUGCAGUCUUGUCAAACUUCAAACACAAAUUCAGCAUUAUUUAGAGACUUACCAAACACAAAAUCAACGGCAACUUGAGGUUUUAACUUCUAAUCUUGCCAAACUUAUGCCCCAACUAGAUAUAAAUGGCAAAUUUUUGGUUGAUAAAGUAGGUACUGACGACGAUAAUCAAGGUUUCGUUCUAGUCCCAUCAUUUCCACAGCCAGAUCUUGAACACGAUGCCUUGAGAACGACGGUAAAUUCUGUUUCGGAGGAAGCUACACCACCGGUAAAUGAGCAGGAACCAGAUCAUACAGAUAGAUACAGUGAUGAAAAUAAAAAUACUUACAAUGGGGAAAUUGAAGAAGAAAUUAUUGAGGAUAUAUUACAUCCUGGGCUGUUAGAAGAAGAAAUAAUGUCUAAUGUUGAACUUCAACCGGAACAAUCGGUGCACCUUAGCGAUUCCUCCAUUCCAUUUGUGAAUAUUAGUACAGAAGGCUUCGCCGGGAUGAUGAAGAUGGAAACUGGACAAGAGCUAAAGAGUUGUUCGACAAAGAUCCGGGAUCAUUAACAGCAGUAACCACAGAUAAAUCAUAUAACUCAUUACUUGUAGCUGUGCAUAAAAAAAAAUGUAGUUGCAGGAAAUCCCACAACUAACACCCCUUAAUGAUUUUUAUAGAUCUAAACAUAUUUCUUGUAAAAAUGAUGAUAAGAGUGCUAAAAAUGUAAAACGACACAAGGAUUUUUUAUAUGGUUGGAUCAAUGUGAUCUACAUCCAU